UCAAAACUGCUUGAAACAAGGCAGGACACUAGGGGACGUUUUAGAAACUGAUAGACUCACGAUAACUAGUUAGCUUGCUAACAAAGUCUCGGUCAGAGCUCACCAAACUUAGCCGAUGUUAAUGCAGCAUAGCUGACUUUAUUUAGUUCUGUUCAUAUGAUGGUUGCUAUCUAGCUAUCUAAACUUGAUACGGACUUUGGAAACCAAUGUAUUCAUGAAAACGAAACAAAACUUGUUUCGUUUUAGGCAUUUCCUGGAGACAGAACCUGCAACUGGGAUGUAAAGACAAUCGAAAGAAGAAAACCUUUGGCUUAAACGCGAUUAGCCAAAGAUCGUUAUGGAAGGGGGUUCGGGACGCAUGCAAACCAGCGACAAGGGGGUGGAAAGAUUAAUGGAUGAAUUUCUGAAGACCAAAGGGUUCUAUCGGAAGAAAAUAGCCAAAGACGGGUCCUGUCUGUUUAGAGCGGUCGCCGAGCAGGUACUUCGCUGCCAAAGUCGGCAUACCGAAGUAAGAGCUACCUGUGUUGAUUACUUGAAAAAGAACAGAACAAAGUACGAGUCGUUCAUUGAGGGGAACUUCGAAGAGUACUUACACAGACUGGAAGAUCCGCAGAACUGGGUUGGAGAAGUGGAGAUAAGUGCCUUGGCUCUCAUAUAUCGGCAUGAUUUCAUCAUCUUUCAGGAACCUGGGAAACCCCCUGUUAAUAUAACUGAGAACAGCUUUUCUGAUAAGGUGCGGCUGUGCUUCCUGAAUGGGAAUCACUACGACAGUGUCUACCCCAGCGAGUUCGUCAACAAGGCCGCCCUCUGCCAGUCCAUCCUGUACGAGCUCCUGUACGAGCGGGUGUAUGGCGUGGACCGCGGCGUUGUGUCUGACUGCCUCCGGAACAGCGGCGAUGCCGGGGAUGAUGGGUACAGCGAGUGCAAGAGCAGCGAGGAGUCGGACCUGGAGGAAGAGGACGAGUUCUGGCCCAGUGAUGCCGUUGCUCCCACCAACAUGAACAACCAGAGGUCUUCGAACAAUAGUCAGCCUUCUAAGACGGCGAAGCCCCCCCAGUCGCCGUCGGCGCUGUCCCGCAGAGUCCAGCUGUCCCUAAACCCCGCCCUCUUCAGGAACGUGGAGUACGACGUGUGGCUGCGCUCUAAGAGAGCUCAGCAGAAGCGGGACUUCUGCAUCGCUGCUGGAAUGCAGUACACCGUGGGGGACAAGUGCAAGGUGCGCCUGGGUAACACGGGAAAGUUCUACAGCGCCUACAUCCAGGAAGUGACGCCGGACCACGGGCCCGUCACUGUGUUUAUCGAAGAACUCGGAGAGAAGCACUCCAUCCCCCUGUGGAACCUGCGGCCCUCCUCCUCUCUGGACGGGGACUCGUGGAGCAUGGUGGCAGAGAGAGGGAAGCGCUUCAGCGUGGCCAACGGGAACGGGCAUCACCCGGGCAAAGCGCCGCGGGCAUCCGACCAGCCGGUGGGACGGGACGGGCGCGGGGGGAGGAGACCGGGGAAGAGCUCGCCCACCCCCCAGGGCCCCGCCGCCGGGCCCCCGCCCCGCAUGCACAAGCAGCACUCCUGGCCCCCCCCGGCCACCGCGGAGGAGCCGGGGACGGAGGGGAGCGCUCGCACCAGCACCAGGUCCCCAGACUGGGGGAGGAAUGGGUGCCUGCAGACCAAGCCGCCAUCAGACUCCACCCUGAAGAGCCAGAAAGCCUCCGCUAGAGCUGCCUUUAGGAAGGGCGAGACGGGGCCCCCUGGUGGCUCGGCGCAGGAGCUGCACUUCGGGCUGUCGCAGGACGAGCGGCUCGCCCUGGAGGAACAGCAGAAAUCUCAGGCCCUCCUGGAGAUCAUGCAGCGGGACGAGAGGAGCUUCCCCGCACUGGCGAGCCAGGGGGGGGCCCGGGCCCCUCAGCCAGACACGGGGAGGAGGACGGCCCCCCAGGCCGGAGAGAGGCGUGCCUACAGGAGGAAGGGGGACGCCCCAGAGCCGUUCCAGGAUGGUGAAAACUCCCCCCGAUUGGCCCAGAAGGAGGAAAACAAACUCUCGACUUCAGCCCAGCCUGGCUGCUCUUCAGGGGCGCACAGUGCUCCACCACACCCCCCUCCUGAGCCCAGCAUCGCUGCUGCAGUCACAACUGCCCCUCCUCCUGCCGUAUCUGCCCCUGCCCCGGCUGUAUCUGCCCCUCCUCCUGCCGUAUCUGCCCCUCCCCCUGCUGUAUCUGCCCCUCCCCCUGCUGUAUCUGCCCCUCCCCCUGCUGUAUCUGCCCCUCCCCCUGCUGUAUCUGCCCCUCCUCCUGCCGUAUCUGCCCCUGCCCCGGCUGUAUCUGCCCCUCCCCCUGCUGUAUCUGCCCCUCCCCCUGCUGUAUCUGCCCCUCCCCCUGCCGUAUCUGCCCCUCCCCUGCCGUAUCUGCCCUCCCCCUGCCGUAUCUGCCCCUCCCCCUGCCGUAUCUGCCCUCCCUCUGCCGUAUCUGCCCCUCCUCCUGCUGUAUCUGCCCCUGGCCUGGCUCUAUCUGCCCCUGCCCCUCCCCCGGCUGCAUCUGCCCCUCUCCCUGCCGUAUCUGCCGUUCCCCUGGCUGCAUCUGCCCCUCCCCCGGCUGCAUCUGCCCCUGCCCUUCCCCCGGCUGCAUCUGCCCCUCUCCCUGCCGUCUCUGCCGUUCCCCUGGCUGCAUCUGCCCCUCCCCCGGCUGCAUAUGCCCCUGCCCCUCCCCUGGCUGUCACAUCUGCCCCUACUUACAGUCCAUCUGCCCCUGCUGCUGCUCCACCUGCCCACAUUCCAACCCCACCCUCCAUCUCAGCUGCCCCGUUUACCCCUGCUGUCCUCCCCGCCCCCCCUCCACAACCGCGGGACUCAGCACCCCCUGCAGGAUUCCUUCCCGCAUCACUUCCUGUGGAGCCGCCGCCCUACAACGGGGCGAGCCCCUGCCCCCCAGGUGUGAUGUCCCAGCUUGGGAUCGCUCCAGGACCUCCUCCCACCCCCCCAGUGCUACCUGAGCACCUGUCCCACCCCCACGCCCACUCCCCCACACUGCCCCCCCAAGGACCCCUGUCCUUCCACCAGAUGGCGCAGCUGUACCAGGACCCCCUGUACCCCGGCUUCCCCACCAAUGAUAAGGACGAGAUGCUGAGCGUGCCCCAGUACUGCUACAUGCGCGACGGACAGGACCUCCCCCGCGAAAUUGGCGUCCUGAGAUUCUUCUUCAAUCUGGGCAUCAAGGCUUACACUUACCCGUCAUGGCCGCUGCACACCUACCUGUACCAGCUGCAGCAGGCCCAUCUGUCCCUGCAGCCCAAAGUCUCCUACAUGGCACCCUGGUACCCUGAAGCCCCGCCCCCCGGACCCUUCCGCAUGAACUCCGUGCCCAUGGAGGGGUACGGACGCCCCCCGAGCUACAGACACGCCACGGCGGGCGGGCGGGGUCCGGGCCAGUUUGAGCACGCUCACUGUCCUGUGCAGCCCGGGGUGGGCGUGGCCAUGGUGGGCGGAGCCAUCGGGCCUCAGCACACGGAGCUGGGGCUGGGUUCGGACGGGCGCCCCCCCCUGGGCUACAGCCCCCAGCCCCCCGCCCCACUGCAGCCUUACCUCGGGGGCAUGCCAUGGCCCGGGCCCCGCCCAAACCCUGCCUUCUCUAGGGCUUUCUCCACCCCUCCUCCUCCCCCCGCUCCUCAGUACCCCCCCCCAGUGGCGCAGUACCCCCCCCCAGUGGCGCCGUACCCCCCCGUCUCGCACGGGUACCACGCUCCCCGCCUGUCUGCCGGCUUGCCUCUGGCCACGCCCACCGUCAGUCAGCCUCCCGCGGAGGAGAAGCAGGGCCCGCCCCCGCCACAGAUGGCCCCGCCCCCAGUGGUUUCCGCGGUAGCGGGAGGCAGUGAAGCCCGGCGCGAGCGCUCGACUCCUGAGCCGCCUGGCCCCCCCGUGGCGAGUGUGAGGAACCAGCUCCAGGGCCCCCCCUACGAGAGCCGGAGCGAGGAGGGCGUGGCCGGAGGGGGGGGCGAGCCCCAGGCCUGCGGUACGGCCUACUCCCCCAGCGAGGUUUGGGAGGACGAGGGCGAGCCGGGCGAGGAGGCCCUGCAGAGCGGGCGGUCCUACUACGGCCGCACCUACAGGGGGAGGCGGGGCCACGACGAGGGGCGGGGCUAUCGGGACGGCCGCUGGAAAGGGGAAGGAAGAGGUUACCGCGGGCGACGGGGGUCGGACGAGCGGCGAGAUCACACCUACAGGGACAGGAGAGGGGCGGAGAACAGCUCCGGGUAUCCCGGCCCCUCCCUUAAAGGACAGAGGGGCAGGGGGCGCGGCUACAGUCCCUAUGCCAACGGCCGCGACACCGGCUACACCGCAGCCAAUCAGAGGAGCAACACUUAUGCAGAGUCGUAAAAACGUUACCGUAACGUUGCAGUGUUUUCCUAAUUUCUGUUUUUCCUAAAUCGAAAUUUUAAAACGUUUUGACUAUAGGAAUGUUUAGUGUCUUGUUUUAUUUUUUCCUUUCUCAUUCACGCUUUCCAUUUCCUUCCCAUUUGGAACGUCCCUCUCAUUUCGGGUGAGGAAGAUUUAUAAGUACAUUUAUAGCGAGACUUUGCUUUCUUUUUCUUAUCGCCGUCUGACUUUAAGAACAGGUGUGUAAAUCUGUACACUAUAGUUUGCACUUCCGAAAGGUUUAAUAAAAUUUGGAAAUUAAAGCCAAAGACUAAUCUACCUGAAUUAACAUUUUGUGGUUUUCGUUUUGAUUAUUUAUCAGUUUUUAUUCUUAAGAAAAAAAAAAAGUAGAAUGCUGUAAACUUGAAAAUGAGAUUAAUUUCAUCUAAGUUGACGCUUUGUUUUUAAGGAAGAGCGACUGCUUCGUAAAUAUCCAUGUAGCUCGCGCACUGACGCGCUGCUCGUGCAGUUGGGUGGGUAAUGCUGAGGGACCUGUAGCAUCCUGCAGUGGACCCAGAGUCAUCUCCACCAACAGGGGAGCUGCUUUCUCUGCGUGACCAUACCUGUUCCAAAUACAGGGGGUGGAGAAAUAGACCCUCAUGUAAGAUAUUUAGUAAGAAAUGGAAUGAAGGUGUGGUUGAAUGAUUUUCAGUGAAAUUGCUUCUGAAAUAUACAAAGAAUACUGGUGUUUCUGGACAUUUCUUUGCAAGUCUUGGUUUAUUUUGCCUGAAGGGUUUACAUGAUCGUACUUCAGCUGUGGUGAGCAAGCUUUGUUUCUAAAGCCAUCGAGGGCUACCUCUUCCCUCACCACCGCAGUGCCUUAAAGAAGUGAUACUGCCAUGUGCAUUAAUGGAGUUUACUGCUGCUUGUCUGUGGGUAGUGAUAUGCAGGGUUUGUGCAUGUUACGCACUGUAGAGAACGCUGGUUAACAGUACCUGUGCUGAUGUUCUGCUGCGUGUGACCGGUCGAGGAUACCGCCUGCCAUGAUGGGGUUAUUUAUCUUUUUGGAUCACUACUUUUGCAUGGGCCACUAGAUGCCAGACGUUACUGGCUACCUUUCAAAAUGGUGCUGGAAAGUCUUUAUAUAAUUUUUUUUAUUAGGUUAGUCUUGCCUUUAAUAGCGAUCAUACCCAACGGUGCGCCCGUACUGCUGCACCCCGUACUGCCGCGCUGCCUCCUCUCGUCCACUUUGGCCCCGUUUGCAGACCCUUUCCUGUCAGUCCUGCUCUUCUGAAGCCACGGGGAACGCAGGCAUGCAUCUGCCCUCGUCACCCUGCUGUGGUCUACUGAACGUCGGCUCCAGAUCUGAGCAUUAAUGCUAAAGCAGGAGACCGCAGGCUUCGUUAUUAGCUGAGCUAGCCCAGCCGUCGUCCUCCGCAUGGGGAUCGCCGAGCGCUAACUUCUGAUUGGGCGGCUAAAUCUGAUCAGGGGUCCCUCCCUGGCCUUAAGGCUGAUAAAUGAAAGGAGUGUUCUGUGUUUCUUGGGCAUGUUGCUUGUUCGGUGGCCUUAAGGCCGAAGCUUUCAGGUUAAUGGUGAACUCCGUGGAUCUGUCGCUCGCUGCUCGUGUGCAGAAAGGCUGUCGCAGCCCCGUGCGUGCGCAGGGAUGGGUUUUAUUUCUGUGUUCGUUUCUGAUCUAAACGUCUCACUCCGGCUCAAACACGACAGACAGGCGUCUUCAUACUGGCCCAAAGUUUCAUGCCUUAAAGUAGGAGUUCUCCCGAGUGUCUGGUUUACUUGAAAGAUUUGCAUUGUUGUUACACUGCUGUUACGUACCUUUUUUUAAAUAAUAAUAAAGGGUCCAUCCCCACCAAA